AUGCCCCCAGACAGCCUGCACAGUCCCCCGGCAGAUGCCCCGCAGCUCCUGAGCAUCGUCUCCGAGACGGGCCUCACCUGGUUUCUCAAGGAGGAAGAGGUGCUGGACAAGGUGGAGAUCUGGGCACAGAAGUACCCGUACGCUCACCCUCUCUGGUUCGGGAGUUUCUCAGCCUACCUGGUUGUCACCGACCCCACCUAUGCCAAGGUUCUGUUGGCCAGAGGAGAUCCCAAGGAUAACAUCAGCUAUAAACACCUUGCCCCAUGGAUUGGGAAAGGGCUGCUGAUCUUACAUGGGCCAAAAUGGCACCAACAUCGAAAACUCCUGACUCCGGGGUUUCAUUACGACGUCUUGAAACCGUACGUGGCCCUGAUGGCAGAGUCUACUAACGUGAUGCUGGAUAAAUGGGAACAGCUGAUCACAGACAGGAAACCGGUGGAGCUCUUCGAGCACGUCAGCUUGAUGACUCUCGAUAGCAUUAUGAAAUGUGCCUUCAGUUGUCACAGCAACUGCCAGACCAACAGGAAAAACACCUACAUCCAGGCUGUCUAUGACCUAUGCCACAUGGUGCACCAGCGCCUCCGCAUCUUCCCCUACCACAACGACAUCAUUUACUGGCUCAGCCCCCACGGGUAUCGCUUCAGGAAGGUCUGCCAGCUCGCUCACGACCACACAGACAAGGUGAUCCACGAGCGAAAGGAGUCCCUUAAAGACAAACGGGAAUUUGAAAAGAUCCAGGAGAAGAGACAUUUGGACUUCUUGGACAUUCUGCUGUGUGCCGAAGAUGAAAACGGAGCUGGACUGUCCGAUGAGGACCUGCGUGCAGAGGUGGACACGUUCAUGUUUGAGGGCCACGAUACGACGGCCAGCGGGAUCUCCUGGCUCUUUUACUGCCUGGCAUCACACCCCGAGCAUCAGGCACGGUGCCGGGAGGAGAUCCAGGGGAUCCUGGGGGACCGGGAGAUGCUUCAGUGGGAGGACCUGGGCAAGAUGAGUUACAGCACCAUGUGCAUCAAGGAGAGCCUUCGCCUUUACCCACCAGUGCCUGGCGUGUCCCGGCAGCUCAGCAAACCCAUCACCUUCCCUGAUGGACGCACCUUGCCAGAAGGCAGCAUUGCUGCGAUAAGCAUUUAUCUCAUUCACAGAAACCCCAUGGUAUGGAAAGACCCUUUGGUGUUUGACCCUUUGCGGUUUUCCCCGGAGAAUGUCUCUGGCAGACACUCUCACGCCUUUCUGCCUUUUUCUGCUGGAAUGAGGAACUGCAUCGGACAGCAGUUUGCCAUGAAUGAGAUGAAGGUGGCACUGGCCCUGACCCUGCUCCGCUUCGAGCUCUCGCCCGAUCCCACCAAGACUCCCUGCAAAAUACCUCAGAUCAUCCUUCGCUCCAAGAAUGGGAUUCACCUGUGUCUAAAGAAAAUCCGCUGAUGCUGGAAAACAUCCUGCCUUCGCCAGAGGGAGGGACCAAGCAGAUGACAGGACAAUGUUUCUCUGGGGCAAAAGAUGCAGGGCAGGAUUUGGGGAUGAGGAUUCCUGAUUUAUGUGCUGCUUCCACCAGCUGAAAGCCCUUUUUGGCCUGGGCCCAGGUAGCCUGGAUCUCGGAGCAGCCAGGCACGGCCAUGCCUCUUUGCUGGCUUUCCCCUUGGCUCACCGCGGAGCCCAGCCGAAGCUGCCGUGAGGGCUGUCCUCCCAUUGCAAGGGGCCUGGGAACAUCUGCAGGUUCCCCCAGCUUCCUCCUUACCAAAUCCUGCCUCCGCCCUCAUGUCCUGGCCGAACCCAUGACGAUUCCCAGCCCUGCUCUGUCGCCAGCACCUUCCUCAGUGCCUAGAGGUCAGCCCUCCUCUCCUGCAGCAGGGACAGCCCCUGGCAGACCUCUUCUCACACUCAGUGUGUCUCUGUUUUGUUGAAAGCACUGAUUCCAGUUUGGGCUCUGAAACUCUGCCUAAACUGCAUAAUAUUCUGUAAUUUUUAUGUUAAUAAACCAAUAAUUAUUCCUGUAACAGCAGCUGUGUUGGUUUUCAUUGCUUGCCCGCUUCAUCACAAACACAGUGUAAAACCCCUUUAGAAAUGGGAGAUGGAGAGGCAACCCAUGAGCAGUAAGAGACAACCCUGGGUCUCCAACCGCAGCCAGCACAGCAUCUCCUUCCGUGGGCAGCCCCGUAACAGGGAUCCAACGUGCAAUCUUUGUUUAAAGCUGCACAGGAGGAGUUCUGAUAGUUAGAAAGGUUGUUUUCUCUUUUUUUUUUUUUUUUUUUUUUUUUUUUUUUUAUUUUCCUAAGCUGAUAAAGUUGUGAGAGUUGUAUGCUUGAGGUACACUGGAGAACACCAGCGAGCUGUCCUCUGCCUCUGCAGGAAUCAUUACUGGGGUCGAAAGUGUCAAAUUGGGAAAUCCCAACUGCUGCUGUUGCAAUUAGCGUCACGGUGAUGUCAGCUGCAGUCCCAGCGUCGUGAGCAGGCUGCUGUGCAGUAAGACAGCGGCUGACUUCAUACUGCUCUCGUCUGCAGAGAUAAGGCAGAUAGAAAGCAGCGGGGGAAACAGGAGGACCUUUAUUUGGGAAACACUGUGCUACUCUAUCAACACCGCGAGCCCAGUCACUGGUGAGCCCCAUUAAUGGAAGGUUCUAUCAAACGAGGUUUUGUCCAGUUUUAAUUUUAACUACAUGAAGGGUGCCCAUAAUACAAAUAACCUGUGUCAUCUCUCACCCUGAGCAUAUUACCCACCCACUGCAAAUGUCACACCAAAGGUGUCCUCAGGACAGCUGAAAACUGAGAAGCUGCAACCAGGACUUUUCAGAGGUAAAGUCUCCAGGAAGAUAAAUAUUUACUGAAGAAAAAAACAGAAACUUGUUGAACCCCACGCUAUAAUCUGAAUUAUGCUGCCUCUACUCCCUUCCUUUGUAAUGGAUUCCACCAAAAGAACAAAUCUGAACUUACAAUGAGAAAGAUAUAUUUUGAAAAUACUUUUAAGCUGAUGCGUAAAGGCCGCGCUUGUCAAAUGGCAGCUCGAUCGGUGUGCAGUCUUGGAAGUUGCUCCCACUUACAUACAUAAGGAUCAGGACUCUAGAAAGUAAAAUGAAAAUAAGAUUUCUCAGUAAAUGUGCUUUUCCAUGUGCUUUUUCAUCUCUAUUUCCCGCCCUUCGACAAUGUUGGCUUUCCACCUAUGCCAGGAAAACUGAAUCCCAGUUCAAUUUAUUUCUGCUUCUGAGUUAAUCAAAUUUAUUUUGGCCUGAGCCAGCUCCUCUCAAAGAAGUGGGUAUGUCAGCACGAGGGUACA